AUGAUCAGGGCUGCGCUUUUCGAUGUCUACGGCACCUGUGUGGACUGGCAUACCGGCAUGCGAACCGCUGCCGAACGCAUGCUCGCCGAAAAGGGCCUCGAUACCGGCGCGGGACGCGCCAUCGCCGAAGGCUGGCGGCGGCGCUAUCAGCCAUCGAUGGACCGCGUCCGCUCCGGGCGCGACCCCUACCGCCCGCUCGACGCGAUCCAGAUCGAAACACUCGACGACGUGCUGGACGAGAUGAACCUGUCGCAUCAUGUCGAUGCCGGCGACCGCGCCGCCCUCAACGCGGCAUGGGAUGCCCUGCCCGCAUGGCCGGACACAGCGGAAAGCCUGCGAAGACUGGCAAGCGUGAUGCCGGUUGCCGCCUGCUCGAACGGAUCACGGGCGAUGAUGGCGCGCCUUGCCGAUCAUGCCGGCCUGACAUGGACGACGAUUGCGGGCGCCGAACUGGCGCGGACCUUCAAGCCCGAACCGGCCGUCUAUCUCAAAUCCUGCGCGGCGCUGGGGACAAGCCCGGCCGAAACGGUGAUGGUGGCCUGCCAUGACGAUGAUCUGGACGCGGCCGCCGCGUGCGGGCUCGCCACCGCCUUUGUGCCGCGUCCGGCCGAAUGGGGCGCUGACGCCUCGCCCGAGCCCGUCGAUACCGGCCGAUUCACCUUCCACGCCGAUACGCUCUGCGCGCUGGUGGACCGCAUCGCGCGCGCUUCGGCGUGA